ACAAUCGAGAGAAUUCUCGAACAGCCAGAGAUAAACUGCUUUAUGCUGGUCAAGAAUGCUGCACAAAUUCAUUUCGAUCGUUGGCGUACCAAAUUAUCAGUCUUACCUUUCGUGAAUGGCUUCAUGGGUUGGGACGCAUCCCAGAUCCAGCGUUACCUUCAGGAUCAAUUUCCCGAAUACGCCUUA